AUGGCAAGGCGUUCUAGACAGGUAGAGGCACUGGAUCUGGCGUCCCAUCGCGCAAGCGAGCUGUCCGAACAUAAGCCAUUGCCGAGACCACCACUACUCCGGGCCCACCUCCACCUCCAGCACAUCGACACCAAGCGCAAGGGUAAUCUGAUCUGGAGCGGAGCUGGAAAGUACAACAAUAGAAACAUUUUCGGCUUCAAACCCGUCACAUACAAAGGCGCGCCUCAUCUGUCUCUCUACAUCACAGGCGAGGACCUCAACGACGGACUCGACACGGACUCCGCCGUGGUCAUCCUGAACGACCAAUACGAAGAAGUAGCACGAUCCCAUGAUGGCUGGUACGAUCUGCAUGAGUUCAACGUCCUCGAGGCUACCGGUAGCCACACAGCCCUGGUCAGCACAAACAGAUGGCAAGGUCACAACGCAACGGAAAUAGGUCAGGGAGAGCGCGUUCUCGCGAACCCUGGCUUUCGCGAAAUUGAGCUGAGCUCGGGCAAGACGGUGUUCGAAUGGGACGCUUUGGCUGGCGGUGUAAGAGUUAACGAGAGCUACGAUGCUGCAGGACAGGUAGAGGACUAUGAUGGAGUCUGGGACUUCUUCCAUAUUAACGCAGUGGACAAGUUCGCGAAUGGCGAUUAUCUGGUGUCGGCGCGGCAUACCAGCACGAUAUAUAAAGUUUCUGGCACUUCUGGACAGGUCAUAUGGAGGCUUGGUGGGUACGCAUCGGACUUUGCCACAGAAGACGACGGCCUCGAGUUUGUGUGGCAACACCAUGCCCGGAUCUGGUCUGAUAAUGCUACGCAUACCCUGAUCUCCGUCUUCGAUAACCAUGGCGAUGAUGAGGGUCGUAACCGAGAGAUCCCCGAACAGACAUCGGCGGUGAAGUUCAUCUUGUUGGACACGGUUGGUAUGACGGCGGAGAUUGUUCGUCGUAUCGAUCGUCCGGAUGCAGGGACGUCACAUAAGCUCGGCAAUGUUCAGGUGCUCAGUGGAGAAGACGACGUUCGAACGGCAACGCUACUCAUCGAGUGGGGUCUCGAAGGAUACCUCAGCGAACACACCGCGACUGACCUGGUGAUGGAAGCCAAGUAUGUCUCAGAUCGGAUGUCAUCUUACCGUGGUUACAAGGCCGCAUGGGUGGGUCGGCCUAAGGAACUUCCAGCCUUAGCCAUUGCACCUAUGGCUACUUCCAAUGGUGUGGUGUCCACUUUCUACACCUCUUGCAAUGGUGCGACUGAGGUUGCUUCGUGGUCGUUCUAUGGUUGCGACACAGAAGAUAGACCUUGCAAAUGGCUUGGAAAUGCCACCAGGAGUGGCUUCGAGACUGCCUUCGUUGCGCCUAGUCUGGUCAGAUAUGGCUACGUUGAGGCUAUAGACAUCCACGGGACGGUCCUCCAGGGGUCCAGUCUGGCGAUGAUUCCUGAGACGGCACUCGCAAGCUAUGGUAUCGCUGCUGAUGCGAGCAUUAUGACAUCGCAAGAAUUGCAGGAGGAGGCGCAGGACGAAGAACUGACGACAGAUGAAGGCACGCUCACCAGUCUGCGCUACCACAUCAGCGUCUCGUCUGUGAUUGUCUACACACUUGCUCUGUUUGGCGGGAUCUCUUUGGUUCGCACGGCACUGCCCCUGGCGAGUCGCUGGCGGCAUGGCUACAAGCGUAUCGACAUAGACGAAUAG